CUUCACUUCUUCAGUGUAUCACUUUUGGUUCGUAAAAUUUUUGGAAAUUGAUUUUUAAAAAUAUGAAUCGUAUACUAGUGGUCGUAUAUUUUAUUAUAAUCAUAAUUUUGAUGAAAAUUCUUCAUCGGAUGAGAAACAAAAGAAUGUACCAACUACUGAAGCAGUUCCCUUCGUAUCGUACUUAUCCUCUAAUUGGGAAUGCGUAUAUAUUUUUGGGUUCAUUUGAUGGUUUACUACAAAAAGCAGAGAGGUAUUUGAAGCCAUAUGAUCGCCUCGUGUUCUGGCUUGGUCCUACACCGUGCUUAUCAUUGAAAAAACAUGAAGAUAUUGUGACGAUAUUAAACCACAGUCAGAAUCGAGAUAUGAUAGGUGUAACAGAUCCAUGGUUGGGUACAGGCCUGUUGAAUGCCGGAUAUAAAGACUGGAGAACAUCGAGAAGAAUUCUGAAUCAAGCUUUCAGCUCAGAUAUGUUAUUAAAAUAUGUCGAAGUCUUCAACGAGAAAUCCUCAGAGCUUGUGGAGAAAUUGAGGCCAGUAGCAAAUACUGGUACAGCAGUAGACAUUAUGGAAUAUAUGAUGGAAACGAAUCUAAACGCUAUUCUAGAAAAUUCAAUGGGAGUUUCAAUUCAAAGUAGUGGUGAAAACGGAGAAAACUUUUGGAAAGCAGUUCUCACAUUAAUCCACAGCGGAGCGAAACGUAUUCAGUCACCUUGGCUGCUUUCAUAUUACGUUUACUUGAUCUAUCUAAAAAUCACUGGAGUAAUUAAGGCUGUCCACCAUUUACAAUUUUUGCCAACUAAAAUAUUGAGAGAAAGGAUGAAUACUAAUUCUCAAGCUUCUCAGUUCAUGGAGAUUCCUGCUGAUGAUCGUUCAUCUAGAACUAUAGUCGGUUUACUAAUGAAAAAAUAUCGCGAAGAACCCGACUUUACUGAAAUACGUAUGAGAGAUGAAUUAUUACAAGUAAUUUUUCCGGGACUCGAAACGACAUCACUGACUGCAAGCUAUCUAAUGUUGAUGUUAGCCAUACAUCAAGAUAUUCAGCAAAAAGUUUACGAAGAAAUUAUCCGCCUGGAGGUAGACAAUGAUGGCAGCCUUAGCAUGGAUGAUUUGAAUAAUCACUUGAAAUAUUUAGAUCAAUGUAUCAAAGAAACAUUAAGAAUGUAUAGUCCAGUAAUAAUAACUACCAGACGUACUCACAAAGAAGUUCCACUAAAAGAUGGUGUAAUUGUUCCAGCCAACAUGUUUGUUGUAGCAUUUAUACAUUUUGUAAAUUAUGAUCCUGAACUGUAUGAAAAUCCAUUCAAAUGGGAUCCGGAGCAUUUUAAUGAUCAAACUGUGGAAUGUCGACCAAAAGGUACUCCGAUGAAUUUUGGAUUCGGGCCGAGAUCUUGUAUAGGGUCUAGGUACGCAAUCACGUUUGUCAAAGCACAAAUGGCCCAUAUCUUACGUAAUUACCAUUUAUCAACCAAUAUUAAAGAAGUUCGACACGAAGAUUUGAAAAGUGAUCUCAGCAUCAAACAUAAAUUAGGAUAUCCUAUUAUAUUCAACAGCAGAAAAAAAUAAUAUGGAAUCUUAAGAAAUAUUUUAAUAGAUAUUUUCAUGUUACAACUAAGGAUCCCCAUUUUUUGCUGUCCUAAGUAGUGUUAUCUUAGGCCGUGGCAAAGUUUUUUUUUUUUUUUGCACCCACGGCCUGAGAAUUCAAUUCUAAAAUCACCUUCAAAAAACAUUUGAAGAACAGGUAAAUUACAUCAUUUCUGCAUUGGUGUAGCCAAGGAGUGGCGAAGGGGGCCGUGCUCCCCUUCGAAGUGAAAAUUGGUAACUAAAAAAUGCAAAACUGGACGUUUUUUCAUGUUUUGGACCCAUUUUUUCGAAAAAAUGUUGCUCUCGCUUCGCUCAAGCAGGAAUAAUUUUAUUUUAGGUAUACCUUUGUUUUCAUAAAAUUAUCACACAUCACGAGAGGUUUUCAGAAACUUCCCUCGAAUUUAGGUUUUUUUAUGCUCAACCAGCCACGACCUAAGAAGUGGAUAAUUAAAUUUAGAAUAAGUGGUAUUGGUGGCACACAAUUAACAAUUUCCAGGAAAAAAUUUCGACUAAAAAAAUUGUAAAAAAAUAGGUAAUAAAAAUUGAUGGACUUGGUAAAAUAUGUAAAUUUUCAGAGCAUUACCCAUAUAAUGAGCGGGCAACUAAACAGACACCUUGCAGCAUGUGAAUAUAGAAAUUAAUUAACUGGUAGAUGACCACCUGAGCUAUUACACAGCACUUGACCAGGAAGUACGAAUUUUCUUUCAGUCUAUGUUUGCUUGUCUAAUUCAUUAGUGUUAUCACUUUUAGUUCGUAAAAUUUUUGGAAAUAGAUUUUUUCAAAUAAGUAUGAACCUUA